CUACUACCGGAAGUGCGAAAAAAGAAAAAGGAGGAAAACGAAAACAUUACAAGGAGCAGAUCAUCGACACUCGAAAGUUAAGAUAAGAUGAAUCUUGCAGCAGCAGGUUAUAAGUGAUCCAGAGCUACAUGUCGCAAACCGGAGUGACUUUCUUUACACAAAGUCCAUUUGUGGGAGGAGCCACAUCCCUUCCUGAUGUCCUGCAGGGGCCAGUCUUAAGGGUUGCACUGGAGCAUGUGGGUGUUACAAUGGCCCCCGUAGCUGCGAGGGGAGGAAACAAGAGCAUACCAAUACCUGAUCUUGUAAUUUCACGUCCGAUUUGUCAAGAUAUACUAUACGAUGACAUAGCAGACUCAAGGGUGCGAGUAUGGGACCUCAUUAUCCUGGUACCAAAUGCUGUCUUCCUGGUGUUUUUAUUAGUGAAACUGAGAAGUGCAGUUUCCAAACUCAGACACACAAACAGUCCAAUAUUUACAGCAUUUUACAUGCUGGUAUUUUCGGUGGCAGUCAUCAGUGUCCUGAGGUGUAUCGUAUCUAUGACAGUCAACGCCUCUAUUCUGGCUGGUGAUAUUGCAGACAAGGUACUGUGGCUGAUCCUGCGUUUCUUCCUACUGGCCACAGAGCUUUCCAUUGUGAUAUUUGGACUGGCCUUUGGUCACCUAGACAGCAAAAGGAGUAUCCAGAGAGUACUGGCCGUCACCUCCUGUAUAGCUCUACUGUACUCCUGUACACAGGGCACAUUGGAGUUUACCUACCCAGACCCAAACUUCCAGGUGAAGCAGAGUCCCAACAGUACAAUACAGGACUACGACAUAUUUGGUCAUGGUGGCAUGAUAUUCUGGCUCACGAGCUCCCUCUUCUUCUUUUUGGUGUACACAGUGAUAUUUGUCUUACCAUGGACAAGUCUGAGAGAAAAGCUGGCUCUUCCACCCAAGAGAUCAUUCUAUAGGUAUGCUGCUUUCCUGGCUGCCCUGAAUGCUGCCCAGGCUGUGGGCAGUGCCCUGAUCUACAGUUCCAUACAAAACGGAAUGUGUGUGGUGGACAUCACAACCUAUAUUUAUUUUACUUCUUUUGCACCUGUGGUAUAUCUUGUGUUUCUGAGAAAAUUUUUCAGAAUGUCGCAGCCAAGCAUCCUUUUCUCGUACAAGAACCAGGUGGACGACGCCCCUGAGGAGGACACUGUAAGUAUGCCCUACCAGGCAACAGCCAGGAUGGACGACUCCGACAGCAUCGCAGGAAGUUACGAUAGUACUCACUUUGACCGUAAUGCACACUUCCAGAAAAUACUUCUCCCUAAUGGGGCUGGGUCUGUGAAUGUUGUGGAGGUUGAUGUCAACCCGAACAUGGACUCCUCAUCAGAAUUCUACCAAGGAUCUGCCUAAAUCCUCAAAAUCAAAAUCUUACCAGAGUGCUUAUUCGUAAAGUAGGGAAACAAAUUAUAUAAGAAAUUGUUGUGCUUCUUGAUUAUUGACAAAACUUUUAUCAGUUUCCUGAUAUGUGUUGCCAAGAAAUGUUGCAUUGGCAUUUCUGUAAUAGGCUACAAGACUGGAUUAUUUGUUCUGUGCAGCACGUCCAGUUAAGCUACCUUGUGAUAUUGAUCAGAAAUAUGAAUGGAACUGAAAGUGCAGAACGACUGAAAGUGGUGGAAGACUGAAAGUACUGGACGACUGAAUUAUUUGUUGAUUUGAUUUUGUCUUAAGUUUGUACAAUGUUUUUGUUAUUGAUGUCCUAGUUAAAUACAAGUGGGAAUAAUUGUAUACAAAGAGAUGGUUGUAUUAUAAUAUACACAGACAAGAGUUAAUAGUAAUAUCUCCAGGUCAAAGUCUGUUAUUGUUAAUCUACACAGCUAUAAGAAGUUUCAUUUAUAAUGUUAUUUCUCACCACAAGACAGUCUGUCCAUCUGUUUACUCAUCAGGUACCAUGAUGGAAUCUGCUCUGUUCCGUUUUUACACUUUAUUUGAGGUAUGCUUUCUUUCUAAAAUUCCUUAGUUUAGAGAUACAGAAUCUCAUAAUUGUCAGUUUUCAAGCAUUUAGGUCAAGAUAUAGGGAAGAAUUUUAAUAAUAUUUUAGUGAAGUUUGUGGUUCGAAUAUAAAGUUUCCAUUCAAAAUGGUUCAAAUAUCGAUCAAUAAGUUUCAUUUCAGAAGUAAAUCUAAAGGUAUUAUUUCCCGUUUAUAUAGUCUCAGUGAAGAUAGAUGUAGAAAAGCUCUGAAGAAUAAGAAGAUUAUCUGUUAAAACCAAGGCAAAUCCAAGUGCUGUCUUUUAACAAUUGGACAUUUUGGCUUAGUUCUUUAAACUUGUAAGAAUGACUUUCAAAAGAAUGCAUUUAUUUGAGUUUGUAAACAUUACCUACCUUUGACUGACAGUGCUAUAAGGAAUAGCUGGUGUAUUAGAAGUUAGUAUUAUGGUGCAAUAAUCUGGAUAUCGAGACUGUAUAACGAUUCUAGUCAUCAUGUCAGUACCUUAUAUGCUAUUAUUUAUUUGAUAAGGACAAGUGUAGAUAUUAUCUGACAUGUGAGAUGUUUCAUUUUUGCCUUGUGUAAAUUUUGCGAUAAGCAAUGUACUUUAUUUCUUUACAAUAUUUCAGUAAUUAGAUGAAAUAAAAUCAAGAUUCUUCAUAAAA